AUGACUCACAGACCCCAGCAGUCGACUCUUUUGGGGAGAUCCACCCCGCUGGUAGCAGCACCCCUUCCCCCCAAUAUUCCCGUCUGGCGCCUGGGGUCUCCCACACACCGCACCACCACCUGGAAGUCUCAGACGGGUGCAAAUGGGAGCCGCGGGGUGCAAGGAGAUUUGUCUGGUCUGAAGCCGGGUUUCGAACUGGGAGACUCGGGGAGUGGCGCUGAGGAGAGGAGGAGGGUGAAACCCCUUUGGGCAACUAGUGCCGGGGACCCCCAGCUGCACGCCCCGUCAGCUGGAGACCUGGCGGGCGGGGUGCUAGGGGGUUCUGCCAUGUGGGCAGCAAAUUGGGGAGAAGUCAUCCUGGGAGCUGAGGGCGGAGGCGAAGAAAAAGGAUCCUCUCCCAGAAUCCCCGCCCACCAGCCCUUUAUAGCCGAGGGUCUGCGGGUGCCGGGACCCCCCGAACCGCGCGCGCCUCCGCUCUCCACUCCAGGCCGCUCGGGCUGUCCUUUGCGCUCCGGCUUGCCACCGCCUCCUGGCUUCCCUCCAAGCUCGGGGGCAAAAGAAAAAAAGGGCCGGGCUUUGCUUUCAGAACCAGACUCGACUGCGCGCUUUUGGAAGUCAGUCGCCUGCCUGGGAAGGGAAAGGAGACACUUUGCGCCCCAGCUGCUGGCUCCAACGCUUUUUUUUUGGGGGGGGGGACAAAGAGGAACCCUGAAUUUACUUGGACUAGUGGAAAAACCGGCUGCCACGAUGCCCCUGAACGUGAGCUUCGCCAGUCGCAACUACGACUUGGACUACGAUUCGGUGCAGCCUUACUUCUACUGCGACGAGGAGGAAAAUUUCUAUCAGCAGCAGCAGCAGAGCGAGUGGCAGCCGCCGGCGCCCAGCGAGGAUAUCUGGAAGAAAUUUGAGCUGCUGCCCACCCCGCCCCUGUCCCCCAGCCGGCGAUCGGGGCUCUGCUCACCCUCCUCUUACUUCGCCGUCGCCCCCUUCUCACCACGGGGCGACGACGACGGUGGCGGAGGCAGCAGCUUGUCCACCGCUGACCAGCUGGAGAUGGUCACCGAGCUGUUGGGGGGGGACAUGGUGAACCAAAGCUUCAUCUGCGACCCCGACGACGAGACCUUCAUCAAGAACAUCAUCAUCCAGGACUGCAUGUGGAGUGGCUUCUCGGCCGCUGCCAAGCUGGUGUCGGAGAAGUUGGCGUCCUACCAGGCGGCCCGCAAGGACACUGGAGGCCCCGGGCUUGCCCGCACCCCCGGAGGCUGUUCCACGUCCAGCCUCUACCUGCAGGACCUGAGCGCAGCCGCCUCCGAGUGCAUCGACCCCUCGGUGGUCUUCCCCUACCCGCUCAACGACUCCUCGCCCAAGUCCUGCUCCUCCACCGCCUCCUCGUCCGACUCCGACGCCUUCUCCCCCAGUUCGGACUCUCUGCUGUCCUCCACGGAGUCCUCCCCGCAGGCCAGUCCCCAGCCCCUGGUGCUCCACGAGGACACCCCACCCACCACCAGCAGCGACUCUGAGGAAGAGCCAGAGGAUGAGGAAGAAAUCGAUGUUGUUUCUGUGGAAAAGAGACACCCCCCCAAAAGAUCAGAGUCGGCAUCCUCGCCAGCAGGCAGCCACAGCAAACCUCCCCACAGUCCUCUGGUCCUUAAGAGGUGUCAUGUGUCUACCCAUCAGCACAAUUACGCAGCACCCCCAUCCACCAGGAAGGACUACCCCGCGGCCAAGAGGGCCAAGUUGGACAGUGGCAGGGUCCUGAAACAAAUCAGCAACAACCGCAAAUGCACCAGCCCCAGGUCGUCGGACACAGAGGAGAACGACAAGAGGCGGACGCACAAUGUCUUGGAACGCCAGAGGAGGAAUGAGUUGAAAAGGAGUUUUUUUGCCCUCCGCGACCAGAUCCCCGAAUUGGAAAACAACGAGAAGGCCCCCAAAGUCGUCAUCCUCAAAAAAGCCACCACCUACAUCCAGUCGGUCCAAAUCGAAGAGCAGAAGCUCCUUUCCGAGAAGGACUUGUUGAGGAAGAGGCGGGAACAGUUGAAACAUAAACUCGAACAACUUCGGAACUCGGGUGCAUGAGGUGUGAGCUGUUGUUGGAGGGAGGAACUGGAAUGCCAGUGGACUCUCGCUUGUUCCCAAGGGGAAGGGUUCCUUCUGACAGAAGUAACUGCCAGAUCUGCUAAGGACUGACUCUGAAAAUGCAUGAUGGAUAGUGCAACCUCACAACCGUGGCUGGGUCUUAAGGACUGCAAGGUUUAGCCAUAAUGUAAACUGCCUCAAAUGGGACUUCGGGCAUAAAAGAACUUUUUUUUAUGCUUGCCUUUUAUUAUUUUUUUUUCCUUUGAACAGAUUUGUAUUUAAGAAUUCUUUUUAAAAAAAACCUUCACAAAGUUUACCCCCCAUUUUCCUGUGUACAGAUGGCCAUGAAAUGUAAAUAACUUUAAUAAAACGUUUAUAGCAGUUAUCCAAGAUUUCAAAAAAAAAAACUGUAUUAUAUAAACCAUAAUUUUUUUUAUUUAAGUACAUUUUCCUUUUUAAAGUUGAUUUUUUUUCUAUUGUUUUUAGAAAAAAAUAAAAAGAACUGGCAAAAUAUAUCAUUGAGCCGAAUCGGAA